AAGCUUAUAAAAGAAUUAUCUACCGAGCCUAGUACUUCACAAGAUCCUGAAGUUAUAACCACCUAUUAUCUUUGUGAUAAAGCACUUAAGGAAAAGUAUAAUCAUUAUAUAAAAAAAAAUAAUCCUAAACAUACAGCCCAG